AAAAUCCUGUACCGUUUCCUCAUAAACCUCUUUAUACCUUCAGAUGAAUAGAAAAUGAAAGUAAAAAAGCUGGUAAUAAAAAGCACCUCGGUGUGUGUUUAGGAUCCGGAAUAGCAGAGGCACUCGCAGAAGGAGGAACACUGUAGAUGACAUGGCCAGCAACAGGAAACAGUGGUUUCUCCUGGCAGCAGGUUCUAAAGACUGGGUAAACUACAGACACCAGGCUGAUGUGUGUCACGCUUACCAAGUCCUACACCAGAACGGCAUUCCGGAUGAACAGAUUGUGGUGAUGAUGUAUGAUGACAUCGCUUAUAACCAUGAGAAUCCUUUCCCUGGCAACAUCAUCAAUGUACCAAAAGGUCCAGAUGUUUACAGUGGUGUUCCUAAAGACUACACUGGAGAGCACGUAUCUGCUGCAAACUUCUUGGCUGUUCUACGUGGAGAUUCACAAGCUAUAAGGAAAAGUGGCAGGAAAAAAGUCAUCAAAAGUCGUGCAAAUGAUUCUAUCUUCAUCUACUUAUCAGACCAUGGAGGCCACGGAAUCUUUCAUUUUCCCAAUUCUACACUUUAUGCUCAUGAACUCAUUGACACAGUGAAAGAGAUGUCCAGGAAAGGCCAAUUUUCAGAGAUGGUGAUUUACAUGGAAGCGUGCCAUGCAGGAUCAAUGCUCGAUGAGCUGCCGAGAUUUAGCAAAGUGUAUGCCGUUGCAGCAUGUACGCCAGAUGAGAGCUCGUAUGCCUGCUUCCACGACAAAAGGAGGAACGCGUUUCUCGCUGAUGUUUUUACUGCAUACUGGCUACAUCACACCAAGAGUAAAAAGCUAAUGAUCAGCACUUUUGAUGACCAGUUUAAAUACAUGAAAAGGAAAGUCCAAGAAAACGGGACAGAAUUGGGAGUGAGUCAGACACCCUGUCAUUAUGGAAACGCGGCGAUUCUCCACCUCCCCCUGAGUGAACUUCUGGGAUGUUCCUCUGAACGCGUUAGGAGGGAAUACAAAUCCCAGUCACGCAACUUUGAAGUGAACGAUGCUGUAGAAAGCGCAAAUGUUCCACUUUUAAUCCAAGAAAACAGGAUUAGAAAUGAACAGAACAUCAGGAGGAGAGCGGAUCUCCAGAGGAAACAGAACGAGCUUAAGAGAAAGCAGAAGAUAAUGGAUAAGGCCAUGCAGAAGAUCGCUCAGCGCUGCACUGCUGAUGGAGGUUCACAAGCUCUGAGUGAGAGAUGUGAAGCGACUCGACUGUACGAGCUCAAAGUCGUAGCUGAGCGUUUUAGAACAACAAUCUUCAACUGGGAUGAAGAGGCGUUUGUUGUCACUCGUUCACACCUGCAGGUUUUGGUGAAUCUGUGUGAGUGUGGGUUGGAGGUUCAGAGCAUCACUGCAGCCAUUGAUUAUGUUGGUCAACGGAUUCGGUUCUAAAGGAGACACCAGACGCUGUGGAGUGACAGCAGAUUUUAUUCUUCUUUAAUCUUUCAUUUAGAUUUUUCUUAACUAUCCAUAGAUGCAUCCCAUAAUUAUAUCUUUUAGAACACAGAUCUAAUGAUGUUUAGGAGCAUGUUACAAUGAGUCAAUAUUAUCAUUAUUAGAUUUCCUUUACGCUUCUUACAAAAAAAAAAAACAUUAUAGACUGUAGCUGGAAUAGAGUUUAUUUCAUACAAAGUUUUCCUUCAUAACUAUACUUUAUCAUUAAUAAAUAGAUUAGUCCUAGACAUACUUGUGUGAUAGUAAAUAACGAUCUUCUACUGUAACCAUAAUCACAUUCUGGAAUAAAGACAUUAGAAAGUUUACAAGGAAUAAUGUUUUUAUUUCUG